AUGGCCGAGGGUGAACGUGGCCGUCAUAGGACACCACACAAUCUUCAUAGAACCUCGCUUGCUAACAACCAAAGAAGAGUCCCUCCGUUGUCUCUCCGUGCCGAAAUGAACAAGUCAUCCAGCUCACUGCCAUCUAGAUCUUCGCCUGGUCCAAACCACUACUUGACAGCAUCGGGCCGCGCUAGAACGCCGAGUUCCACUGUGUCUUGGGCAUCGAGGCCCUCUGAUAGCGACCAAUGA